UUCACAAAAUGUUUUUACUUCUGUUUCUUUCUGCGAAGAAAAAAAAACAGAGGAACGUUUCAUAAUAUGCAAAGAUGUGUGAUUGAUAACAGCCUUGCUGUUUUCUGCGAGGGAUGUCAGUCCCUGACACAAUAUGUGAAUUAUUAGGGCAAAGAAGGGCAACCAUAAAUUUUCACUGUCAGGCGAAAACCCUCUUUAUUGUCCGCAUGACAAAUGGGGCUCCUGCACCAGACACCAAAAUGCUCGGCAUUCCUCUUAAAUGGGAACACAUUUCUCGCGACCAUAAUUCACCAUAUUUAAAUAGAAAGUUUUAAUAUCCCUCCACCGCCAUAUAUUUCGCCACACACUGACAUGUUUAUGAAUCACCUCGCAUGCAAAUACAACUAUUUACAUCUCGAGAAGAAAUAUAUUGGGAGUUGCAGGAUUACUGGGAGCUGCGUGUUGGGCCGACGAUCAAGAGUCACUAUUAAAAUAACUUUAUUAAAGCUUUCAUAAAUUGUUUUGAGUCAAAUUUGUGUGCUGCUGAGUACUGAAAAUGUUAAAAAGCUAUUUUCCUAGCACUUUCUAAAUUAAUAAUUUACUUUAAAACGUCAAACCAAUGCAACCAAAAUACAACUAUACACGUACCUUUAUACUUAUGAGAUAAAAUGAAACAGCGCGCUACAAAAAGCUUACGCUACGUAUUUUCUAUAUCCUUUUUCAUAAAUAAAACUCCAAAGAUAAAUGACGUUAACUUAAAGUCCGCGAUAUGACAUUACCUUACUAUACGCUCCGACGCAGAGGUAAAUGGUAACAAAAAAAAAACCAACAACGUUAUAGCAUUACAAGAUACUCCGUUUGAUUCAAAUGAGGUGUUUUCUUUCUUUCUUUUUAUGCAUGAGUCAAACCGGCUUUCUGUCGCCCAUGACGCGCCGACAGAAGCGACAGAGAGGUCUGAAGCCAUGCAGACUCCCUCCGCUCCAGCAGAAGGAAGAGACGAGGGAGAAAAUGAGCUUUUCCGCGAGUGGGAGGGAGGUUUCAGGUGGGAGUGCUCAGCUACAACAUAAGGCGAGCCAUGGUAAUUGACAGUAAACGCCAUGUUCUUGAGAGAAUAGAUGAAGUCGUAAGUAAACAGUCAGCAGCACUGAAGUUUUAUGAGUUAACAAGCAGUGACCGCGUGCUUCCGCAACACAGCGGGUCAGCUGAUUCAAGCGGCACGCGGAAACAGUAAAAGCCAAUUGUAAAGCGUCAGAGGAACCUGCAAAGCAACAGCGCCACAUUCACGGGAAUCAAUACUGGAUGUCAACAACGUGAGGGAGAAUACAUACUCUGACGCCCACUGCUUAAAAAACAUACAAACGAACAAACUCCGAGCUGUCAUUCUCAGCAGGACAUCAUGGCUCAGAGGGAGUCACCGGUCGUUUUAAAUGGGACUCAAAUAUCAUACAUUGGACAAGACUCUAAAGACAUCCCCCACUUUCUUGGAGAGACGUACGGCAAGUUUGCAAGACGACUGGAUCUGAGCUUCAAUCAGCUCAGGUCGCUGGCAGGCCUCAAAAUGUUUACUGAGCUGGAAGAGUUGGUCGUCGACAACAAUCUGCUUGGAAAUGACCUCCAGUUGCCCAGGUUACCCAAGCUCCACACCCUGACACUCAAUAAGAACCAACUGACUGAUAUCGAGGCCCUGCUGGAACACUUAGCUGAUGUGACCCCAUCGCUCGAGUACCUAAGCCUGCUGGGAAACGAGGCCUGCCCCAACCAGCUGGUGAGCCUGGAUAAGGAUGAUGAUGACUACCAGAGAUACAGGUACUUUGUACUUUACAAAUUACCCCAGCUGAAGUUUCUGGACUCCAGGAAAGUAACAAAAAAAGAACUGAUGGAGGCACAGGCGAGAGGGGCAUUCAUGAAAGUGGUGAAGCCAAAGUUGGAAGCAAUAGCGCUGAUAUCCUCUGAGCUGGUGAUAGAUGCGUCAUAUCUUUGGGGGGAGAAACGGGUUUGUCCUCAGCAGCUGCCUAACGAGGCAGGAUUAGAGAAUCGCCCAUUGCCCUACACACCUCUUCCUCAAGGAUCCAGAGAUGCCAGAAACCACAAAGGGGUAUUCGCCAAGUGUCGCUACAUCUACUAUGGCAAGCACUCAGAAGGCAACAGAUUCAUCCGAAACGAUCAGCUCUGAUGUCCACAGGAUGCUCUCAGAGGAGUCGUUUUUUUUUUUUUAUUUAUUAAAACCACCAGGGAUUUUUUUCAAUCACCUAAUCUACUGCUGGAAAACAAAAGAUAAAUUUUAACCGAAUAUGCUGUUGUACUUAUGCAUGAUGAGUACUUUCUUGUUCAUAUAAAAUUUUAGAGCCAUUGUUUUAGUCUCCUCUUCUGAGCUGAGCCUACUUCUGUUUUCUUGCUUGCAGCUCAGAGUCAGAGAUGACACUCCCACUGACAUGAUCGCCUCUAAGCAUCAGUUGCAACACAACUCACACACACGCACAAGGACCUUUUCCCUGCCUUAUUGUCUUACACACAGCGAGCACCAAACAUAUCCAGGCAAUUGCUUCCUUUGCUUUGACACCCAUGAUGGAUCACUUGUCCACAACAGCUACUAAUCAAGGGUGAAGGGGGUGGCGGUCCCACACCUGGGCCCUGACAUGGACUCAUCUUCUUCAUUCUCAGAUUUUCCCUUUCUUUUUUUCUCCUGCGCUUGUGCUCCCAACUGCUAUUUAAGUCAUUAAGAUAAGAGGUGAGAGAAACUGGUGAAAGCAGCAAUAGCUGAGAAUUGGUGUCUUCAGUAACAUGCACAGCAGCAUUCCAGAUUUUGACAUUGUUCUAGACAGUGAAAUUGUAUUUGUGGGAGCUGUAAAUAGGUUUCUAUUCUUAUUGCUGUUUACAUGUUACAGAGCAUUGUGGGAUUACAUCCUCCUACACCAUUUGAUAUGUUUGGCCCAUCUGGAGCCCUAAUUACCUGCAUGCCCUUCAAAACCUGAAACUUUACUCUUUUUCUUGCCAUUAACAGUUCUCUUUUUGGCACCUGCUCUGUUCUCCACUAAAUCUGUUGAAAUUUCUGCUGGAUUCACUGUUAAAUUGGAAGAUUUUUUAUUUUUUAUUUUUUUACAAUUUUCACUAAAAACAACUACCUUGGUGAGGAUCCCCAAUAAAAUAAUUCAUACUUCCCAUAAAUUGACAUUCUUAAAGAUUUAGGCAUCCUGGUCAAGUUAUUUAACAACUGAUCUCCAAAUUCAACUCAAGCAAACAGUUGUAACAAGUUACAGAUUAAAUAUCUGUAAAAACAUGCCUAUGAAAAAUGUCACCAGCAUUUUAUGUUUAAGGUAGAUGCUAGCAGUUUAUCACCAUAAACACGAGUGCAUAUCUAGCUACUGACUUGUGCAAUGUGCAUAGUUCACCACACAUGGUUUAUAAACCCUAAAACAGUUUAAAAGAAAUGUGACAAACAUUGAUGUUACCAAAAAGAGAUAUACAAAGUGAACUUAUAUUUAAACUUAGCUAAUAAUAGCUAACUUGUUAAUGUUAUCUAUCUUAAGUGAAAAAUUCUGUGAAGUGAAAUUAUUCUCUAGAGUGAACUAAAAUCAUUAACACAAACCUCUGACUAUAUGCUUAUCACACAACAUAAUUUUUCCAUCUGUCCAUUUCUGGUAGAAGUUUAGUGAAGUCUGAUCAGAUUGUUGUGCAGUUCUAAAUGGCGGCCUGUGAAGACUGAUGAGGCUCGUUCCAAUCUUUUUUCUAACCUAACAAUUUAAAACAGCCCAGCUUCUCUCCCAGCAGUAGCUUUGCAUGUGUAUGACAACAUGACAACAGGUAAAACUCAUCAAAUGGAGUGUACAAUUUAUCUUUGGGAUACUUUUCCUAAAAAAGAAAAAAAAUGUCUGACUGAAAUAAUACUUUAGUAUUGGAUUCUCAUAAUUCAUCUAACAUUAUUGUUCUUAAUCCUGUUGAGUUUUUCCCCACUAUGUCUUAGCCUUUGUUUGUACUUGCUGUGUUGUUUUCUUUAUUUGAACUGAGAUACACUUUCAAAUUUAAACGAGCUGUGAAGACAUACACUGGAGUUUCUAAUUGACUGUCCUGCUUAUGUGAAUUUUCCUGUUUUUAUUAUUAUUGUCAAUCUUGUACACUGUGUUUCUCGUACUAUGGCUUCAAGGGAACCUUCCAGAUGAAGAUUUUGAACAAACAUUUAAUUUCUAACAGCUGAUCUAAGAAAAAAUAUAUAUCAUUGUUGUGUGAUUAAAAGGGCUGGACUCAAAUGUG